UAAAACAGGCCAAGGAAAGUCGGAUAUGUCGACAAGUGGCAACAGAACCUCCGGAGAAAUAAAAGGUCUCGAGGAAGAUGCAAGGUUAGAAAUGGGUGAAAUGAAUGCUAGGAAUUUACUGACAAAUACCCCUGAGGAGAACAAAGAAAAAAAAUCUCCGUCGAGAUUCAACUGGCUUAGAAAACGAUCUCCAAAUUCAACGGCCGACGAAAAUUCAAAACCGACCAAGAAUGCCUGCGAGCCCUCAGUAUCAACAUCAAGUGAGUCGCCGAAUAAGACGCAAACAGAGGAGGUGUUUACAGAUGUAUUUGAGAACAUUCAACUACAAUUAGAAGUUAUUAAGGGUGUAAAGGAAAAGCCAUGGACUAUGGACAGGAAAUUACAAAUUAUCAGAAACGCCAAAAACUACGUCGAACAGCAUUCAGGUGAUCUGAACAGACUGCAGCAUUUAAAGGAGUCUCGGAUAAGGCUUUUUCGACAAAUUAAAAGACAGUUCCAAAACUUCAUCGUGUUCUUCAUUCCUUGGGAAAAGAGGAUUAAAAAUAUUCAAGGACAUUUUGGAGCUGGCAUCGGUUCUUUUUUUCUUUUUUUACGUUCUUUGGCGUGGAUCAACUUCAUUUUGUUAACCUUUAUAACGAUCUUCGUUAUAGUUCCACAGCUCAUGAGUCCUUCGACAGCUCUGAGUAUUCCUGAGAGUGAGAGACACACAGCACAGCGUCUUACAGCAGUUCUUGAUGCCAAGGGAUAUCUGGAAUAUUCCUUUUUGUUUUACGGCUAUUAUGGAAAUGAGAACAUCCAGGUGGGCGUGGUCGAGUAUCCCUUGCCGGUGGCCUACUUCGCGGUUUUCAUGGUCAUUUAUCUCUUCAGUAUCAUUACUGUGCUCCGAGCUAUCACUCACGAACAGAGUCUAGUGAAGUCUUCAGGUCAAAAUGAUCAAUAUCCAUUCGGCUGGCGUGUGUUUUCAGCUUGGGAUUUUCUUAUCACAGAGCGAGAGACUGCGGAGAAUAAAUUAGCCUCCCUUACUACUGCUAUUAAAGAGCAAAUGGUUGAGGCAGUGGAAAAAGGGAAAACGAUAAAUAAGAAAACCCUCAUCGCCCUCCGUGUAUGUGCAAAUGUGCUGGUUCUGGGCGUUUUAAGCGCAAGCGCGUACUUGAUAUACUUGGUGGUUAAGCGUUCAGAUGAAAGAGACAAGGAAGGAAGACCACCCACUGUGUUAGAGCAGUAUGAGAUCUCUCUCGCAAUUACCGGCAUGAAUGCUGUGUGUCCAGUAUUCUUCAAAUUGAUUUCCAUGAUGGAGCAGUAUCAUCCAAGAGUCGCUCUCUACUGGGAGCUAACAAGAAUAAUGUUCAUGUAUCUUGGAAAUAUGUACGUACUGGUCAUAUCACUCCUUAACAAAAUAAAUCAGUCAAAAGUAACUGCCUUGGACGUCUCAUCAACAAGUGAUGUGAUAAACUCGACUGUUAUUCCUGUUACCACAGUCACAAAAAACACCACUGAUGGCUCACUGUGUUGGGAAACCACAGUUGGUCAGGAGCUGUUUAAAUUAACAAUUAUUGACCUAGUAGCCCUGGUGUUUAGUGUGUUGACCGGUGACUUGUGCGUAUCCCUCACCGUCAGAUUUCUUAACUGUUUUCAAGGCCGACUCUUGGAUCUUGAAAAAAUCUUAGGUUACCCCGAGUUCAAACUUGCGGAAAAUGUAUUGCAGCUUAUUAACAGCCAGGGACUCAUCUGGAUGGGUCUCGUGUUCUCUCCAGGGCUCAUUAUGCUAAACAUCCUGAAGCUAGUUAUUAUCAUGUACCUUAGGAGCUGGGCAGUGAUGGUCACUAAUGUCCCUCCCAAGAGAAUUUUCAAGGCCUCUCACCGGUUCUACUUGGUCCUCCUUCUAGUUAUGUUGUUUCUGUGUAUGCUGGCUGUAGGAUAUGCUGCUGUGGAGAUAGAACCUUCAAAAUGGUGCGGCCCUUUCAGGGGCAAACCCAACAUGUACCGGGUACUUACAGAAUCCAUCGACAAUGGCCCCGCUCUGCUAGACACUAUAGUUGACUAUCUGAGUGGCCCGAGUGUCGUUAUCCCAGUGUUCAUAUUGAUGUCGUAA